GCGAGGGUUCGUAGUAGGCGUAACGAGAACGAUUACCUAACAAAAGUUUUCAUUGAUUAAUGAUUAUAUGAUUGUUGUUUUUUAAUCGUACGAUCUUUCACGUAAAUGUUAAUGUUGUGAAUGUCAAAUGAGGGUGAAAUGGCUUCUCAGGACAAUGACAAGGACUCGGAGCCAAACUUACGCAGAAGGAAAAUAGUCGAAUGUGCACAACAAAUAACUGAACAAGCUUCCGAAUUGUUAAAGAAAAAAAUACCCUGUGCCGGGCAUUUCUUAGCGCCUAAAAGACUUUGGCUGAAAAGAGUUUCUACUCCUAAUUGCGAUGUAGUUGUUGUUUUUCCUGCUGGAGCACAAGAUUCUGUCUUAUUGUGGUUACUGUCCAAGCUUCGACAGUCUCCUGGCCUAACUGUUCAUGUCAGGCAUCAUGCUUCCACACAAACUAGUGCUUUUUAUUUAACUGCACCCUUUAAUGUAUUGGUUAGGGCAGCUGAAGAGUAUCACCUGCCUAAAAUAUUAAAACACACCAAGGGCGGGGGGUUAAAGGAAUUUUAUGUUCACGAUUGUCACUCAUAUGAGGGGUUUGAGGAUGAGGAACAUUUUUUUACCACCUGUGAAAAGCAGUGGCUUGUUUUGCGACUGUUGGAAAGUAUCAGAGCCAAACCUCAUGAUUUGGAGUCAAUUCCUGGCAUUACUUUGCUGGAAGGGCAACCAAUUGUACCAAAAUGCCUUAUAUCUGGUGUUAUUUCACAAGUUUUCCCAUUGCAUGAACCAACUGCUCUUGAAAGAUUACAGCACAAUUGGGUUAGGGAUAUUUGUGCUAAACAACCCUUAGAUGACAUUACAGAAUAUUUUGGUGUUAAAAUUGGGAUGUACUUUGCUUGGCUGGGACAUUACACUACCGCCUUAAGUAUUCCAGCAUUUGUUGGUUUUAUAUUCUGGCUAUGCUGUAAUGGUCGUCAUCAGACCCUUGAAGACGUUGGCUACGUGUUUUUUUCAAUUUUUAAUGUUGUUUGGGUUACCACUUACUUGCAAGCUUGGAAAAGAUAUUCAGCAGAAUUGGCUUUUCGUUGGGGUACUUUGGAUCAAAGGGAUGAUUUGCUGGCCGAACCAAGACCGUUAUUUAGGGUAGCGCGACAUGUUAUGAUCUGUUCUCAGGGCCCGCUCGAGACCAGCCCGGUUACGGGACGUCUGGAACCGUACCAUCCGCUGUGGAAGCGGCACGUUUUUCGAUAUCUCGUCUCGGUUCCUAUCAUCGCCAUCUGUUUGUCGAUGGUGUUUAUUAUUAUGAUCGUUUCGCUGCAAGUUCAGGAUUGGUGGGAUGGUUUAAUAGACUACAGAGGUUUACCGAUGUGGUUCGGCUAUUUACCGAAAAUAAUGUUAGCCGUUGUUAUUUCUUUAAUGGACGAAGCCUACUUUAAGAUCGCUGUUUGGCUUAAUGAUAAAGAGAAUUAUCGUCUAGAGACCAAAUAUGAAAAUCAUCUCAUCGGUAAAGUAGCCUUGUUUCAAUUUGUCAACUCUUUUCUGUCACUGUUUUAUAUUGCUUUUUACCUACAAGAUCAAGCCAGGUUAAAAGAGCAAUUGGCAGCAUUGUUGAUAUCGAGACAGGUCAUAGGCAAUUUAAAAGAAUCCGCGCUACCAUACAUGCUUGAGCACAUGCGUUUGGCCAAGAUGAGUUUCGACUUGUGGGGUGCUUUGAGUCCCGUUAACGCCAGAGCGCCACCAGGCAAUGCGGAAGAACCGGGAACUGAGAAUGCCGAAGAAGCCAAGGAUCCCGCUGCUGGGGAAGCUAGCGACAAAAGAACCAUGAGCCAAGCUGAGCUGGAGAGUUCGUUGUACAAAUACGAUGGCACCUUUGCCGACCAUUUGGAAAUGACUAUACAACUGGGCUACGUUAUCCUAUUUUCUUCUGCUUUUCCGCCUGCAGCGCUCUGCGCAAUGUUUAAUAAUCUGGUAGAAAUACGAAGCGAUGCCUUUAAACUUGCUUACGUUUGCCAACGACCUUUUGGACAAAGAGUGCCUAACAUAGGAACAUGGCAGAAUUGUAUGGAGUACAUGAGUAUAAUGGCGGUUCUAGUUAAUUGCGCUCUAAUUGGUUUAUCAGGACAAGUUCACAGGAUGUUUCCUGAUAUGACAGCAACUCAAACAAUAUUGUUGAUUGUAGCACUAGAGCAUAUUAUGUUGAUAAUAAGAUUUAUUAUAACAUGCGCCAUUCCUGACAUACCAGGAUGGUUGGCUACGGAAAUGGCGAAAAUUGAAUGGGCAAGAAGGGAAGCAAGUAGAAUGUCAAAUAGUACUCCUUCACCUGAAGAGCUUUCUUCAAAACUUAUUGGAAGAUUUUCCGUUUCCCCCAGUCACAGCCUAGUUUCCGAUCAAUCUUUGAGAAAAUCCGAAGAAAAAUUGAAGCUACUGGAGACAGAAUUUAAAGAGAGAUCUGCAAGUGUAACGCCAGUUUUAACACCAACGACUCCGAACCCUGCGCUCGGCUCUAACAAAAAUAUCAGCAUUACUGCAAGUAGCAUUGCGGCGAUACCUCCGUUUAGGCCGAAGAAAUCAAAAGAUUGGACAGCUGCUGCCGCAGCAGCAGAUCAUGAAAGCUCGCAUCAUUUGACCAUCGGCCCCAGUGGCGGCGUGGAAUGGGCAAGACGGCUAAAAGAAGAAGCCGACAUUCACAGAAGCACCGACUGCAUCACGCCAAAGGUGUUGCAGGACGCGUCCAGCUCGGACUCGGACUUGCUGAAAACAACUUCAAGUCCCAUGUGGCCACCUAGAUCGAGAUCGCCCCCAAGUCAUCCCCACCCUGUUAUACCGAAACCUAAACCUGUUACGGCCGAUCCAUCGUUGAGUGAUAGCGCCAAAAGUGUCGCUAGUCAGGAAACUCCAGAAGAAGCUGCAGCAAGAGCUGCCGAGGAAUUGGCGGCCAAAAAGACCAGGGUCAAGCAAAGUCUGAUGAAACGCGCACGCUCUGUUGCCAUAUUCUCGCUGAAACUGAAAGAGCGCAGGGCCAGAGAAGCGCAAGAGAAGGCAGACAAAGCGGAAAAAAGCGGCAAAUCCGCUGUGACGCCUCCUUCGCAACUUCCACCGCCCCAAUGCGGCGGCGGAGAACUCUCAUGUAUACCCAUUGAAAUGCUCAUUCAGUUAGAAGACGUCAGACUUAACCAACCAGCCAGACCUAACAACAACCAAACAGGAACAUUGUAGCAAUCUAAAUAAAAUAAAAAUAUAAUACCAAAACUAGUCAUUAAUUACGUAUAUAAAAUUAAAUUUUGUAUUAGUCUGUAAACCUACAAUGAUAUAAUGAGGCUGAAUUAUUUUUAGUACACUUUAGUAAUAUGAAAUAAUCGCUUGAGUAGUCACUUUGAUACUUUACAAAAAUCAGAUAGGACCUAUAAUACAAUAAUUGUAAAAUGUGUGUGCUAAUUUACUAAAAAUACUGGUUGCUUAUUAAACUGUAACUGCUUUUUUUAAGAUCAAGUAGUUACUGUUUUAACUCAGUACCCCAGAGUCCACCUAAUUUUUAAAGGAGAUUUGAAAAUUUUCAUCUUUGCAUUGUUUUUUAAAGCUAUAAAACACAUAAAAUAUUUUGUGGGUUUCAUAGAAAUCGAGCUGUAUCUGGCACGACAAUUUAUUUUUUACAUUACACAUUAAUUGCUUGAGGUAGCGCAUUUUUUUGUUUGGUAGUAUAUAACAAUUUAAAUACAUAUCUAUGCAACUUUUUCUUAACCAAUAAAAACUGGUCCUGUCUGUAUUAAAACUUAUUUUGAUUCAACAAUUUAACAACUGAGUUUCAUGUUUAUAAGCCCCAUAUAUAUAAAUAGCAGUAUUCUCAUAAUUAAAAAUACUUAUAAUAGUAUACUCCUAACAUCUUAAAUCUAAAGCUAAUUAAGCAAUAAAUUGUUACUGUAUGAAACAUUGGGAAAAGUCUCUUUAAACAACCCUGAUGUUGAUAGUUGCAUAAGGUUGUUUUAAAUUAUUUUUUAUAAUAUAUAUUUGUAAACAGUAGUUAUAAGACUGCAAGUAAAUAUCUUAGUUAAUUCUAACUUUUAAAGGAAUACUAUUUCUUGAAUUAAUACAAUAAAUAAAUGUUUUGUGGACACACUCCGAAUCUGUAUGUUUUGAUAGGGACUAGCAGUUAAAGUUUAUCUCACUUUUACUGUUUCAAUUUACUUGAGCUAAAAUAACAUUUUAAUGAGUAACAAUUUUUUAGAUAAUAUAACUAAGUCAGAAACUUCUAGUCCCUGUUGUUUAAUUAGAAGUAAGAAUUUUCCCAACGCAAAGUUUCCCAAGUAGAUACAAGAGCUGAAACAUUAACGUUUACGUUGCUAGCUAGCAUAAAUUAUGUACGUCCAGAAAUUAAAAUGCCUUUUAAAUAAGUUAUAUUUUUGUAAGUGUUCACGCAAUUUCAGUCAAUGAAAAACAAUUAUAAAUAAUAUUUUGCUACUAGAUAUUGAUUAUUAUUUGUUCAGUGAUUGUCAAGUCAAUAUUUACACUUGAAAUAUUAUUGAGCCAUUGUAAUUUUUUAUAUUGUUAUUUAUAAUGGACGAAAAACCUAAUGGUACAAUGAUUUAUACAAAUAUUUAAAAUUUGGUGCAAUCUUUAAAGGCUUUAUAAGACAAAUAAGUUAUAAACAUUCUAGUUAAUUUCAUAUUAACUAAACAUGUUUUUAAGCUUAAAAAAUGUUAAAUAGAUCUAUGUUGACAUAAGACUGCAAGUUGUGACUGCAAUCUAGUUGGAUCUUAUAUAAGUAUACUUAUUUAUAAAUCAGUGAUUAUAUCAUCGCAAUAAAAAAGCAUGCAUGUUAACCAUUGUUCGAGAUUAUUAGCGUUACUCACUGAAAAUGUUGAGUGCUUCAUCGAACUUCAUGUUGCUUAGGUGUUAAGCUUGUUAAUAUUGUAUUUAAUAAAUAAAUCAAAAAGCC